GUUGUAACUAUCAAUAUAACAUUAGCAGAUUAACUAUAUAUUAUAUACUAGUACUCUAGUCUAAAUUAUGCACUUAUGGUUCAAAUAUAUGAAAAAAAGACAAAAAACCUAUGGCUUGCGAGCUUUUCAUUUUAUCCGAUGCUUUCCAACUUAACAUAACACUUAAGUUACGGUGCUAAUUGAUACCAGUUCUUUAAAGUUUUUAUUCAUUUUAUAGUCUGCAAUAAUGCAUAAUUCAUCUUUUUUAUCAUUACAGUGUAUCAUUUUCUUGCCUCUAUAUAAAUCUGUUCUUCAAUAUGGCAAAAUUAACACUGCGAAUUGUUCCUUUACGUAACACUCUUAUAUUGACUGUUCUAUUACAAUUUUUUUAUCCUUUCAAUAUAAGUUGUAAAGCCUUGUUGUUAAAGAAAUAUCUCUCAAUAACCUUUAACACAGGAACAUCCAUUGAUCAUACGGAUAAAUACAGCUCAUCCCUAUUUUAUCCUCACUUUUUUUUUUGGGUUUCCACUUAUGAUACUGUAUCUUUGUGAUGUCCUCUAUAAUUUCCUAAGCCAAAUAUAAUGUAAUUACUCACCUAAACAACACUACAUGUAUUUUCCUAUCUGCCCAUAUUUAUUUACAAGGUCUCAGACAUGCCU